ACGAUGCUCAAACUGGAGAUUGUGGUUUACACUUUUUCUGCGCUGUGCAUCGCAGCCAGAGCAGAACUGAAAGGGAGGAAUUGCAGCCAGGUGAGGGAGGCUUGUGCAGCUGGGGGCUUCAGCUUCUCGCAUGUCCCCCUCCAGGAGAUCCCAGGCGAACAUCUGCGAGUAUGUUCGCAGGGAAACACGUGUUGUACUCAAGAAAUGGAAGACGCCUUCAGCCAGCGGAGCAAACAGCAGUUUGGUGAGCUGAUGGACGAGAUGAGUCAUACUUUGAGGACCAUGUUUGUGUCCAGACAUCAGAAAUUUGAUGAAUUCUUCUUGGAGCUCCUGGAAAACACCGAACGCUCCUUAAACGAGAUGUUUGUACGGACGUACGGCAAGCCCUACAUGCAGAAUGCAGAGGUUUUUGAGAACCUCUUCGCCGAGCUCAAGCGCUACUACACUGGAGGCAACGUCAACUUGGAGGAAAUGCUCAACGACUUUUGGUCACGGUUGCUGGAGCGUAUGUUCACGCUGCUCAACUCCCAGUACGUCAUCACCGAGGACUACCUGGAGUGCGUCAGCAAGUACACCGAUCAACUAAAGCCCUUCGGAGACGUGCCCAGGAAGCUAAAGGGUCAGAUCACCCGAGCAUUCAUCACCGCUCGCACUUUUGUGCAAGGACUCUCCGUCGGCCGCGAGGUGGCUCAGAGAGUCUCUAAGGUAAGCGGCAGCCCGGCAUGCAUGCGAGCGCUGACCAAGAUGUCAUACUGCCCCUUUUGUCGAGGCAUGCCGGCCGUUAAGCCCUGCAAGAACUACUGCCUCAAUGUCAUCAAGGGCUGCCUGGCCAAUCAAGCCGACCUGGACCCCGAGUGGAACCAUUAUAUCGACGCCAUGCUUCUGGUGGUUUUACGGCUUGAAGGACCCUUCAACAUCGAAUCUGUCAUGGAUCCCAUUGAUGUCAAGAUUUCAGACGCCAUUAUGAACAUGCAAGACAACAGCGCUCAAGUCUCCUAUAAGGCUUUUCAAGGUUGUGGUCAGCCAAAACCCUCAGGAAUGAGUAGGUCUGCCCGCGGCGUUCCGGUCGUGUUCAACGUCCGCUUCAGGCCCUACAGCCCAGAACAGCAUCCCACCACAGCAGCUGGCACCAGCCUAGAGAGACUGAGGAUUAUUUGGAAUACCAUGCAACACAGUAUCGUUGACGUUAAAGAGAAACUCAAGCAAUCCAAGAGAUUUUGGUCCGGUCUUCCAGAAGAGAUGUGUGAGGACACCAGACUCACUGCUGUGAAUGCCACUGAUGACCAGUGCUGGAAUGGACACACCAUGGGGAGGUAUUUCCCAGAAGUGGUAAUGGACGGACUGACCAACCAGGUGAAUAACCCGGAGGUCAGUGUGGACAUCACACGUCCAGACACGUUCAUCCGUCAGCAGAUUAUGGCCCUGCGGGUGAUGACCAACAAGCUUAAGAAUGCCUACAACGGCAAUGAUAUCUACUUUCAGGACUCAAGUGAUGAAGGCAGCGGUUCAGGUAGCGGAAGCGGCUGCACAGACGCCUGCCCAACGGAGGCGGAAUUGGUUGUUCCUGAAAACCCGGUUGUGGAAGCCGACCGGAGGGGUCCAGUAGACAGCGCGUCUGCAAAUCUCUCCCACCAAAUGGGCCUCUUUACCACAUUGGUCCUUUCAGUUUUAGUCAUCCAAAUACAUUGGAGAUAA